UUGAAUUUUCAAUACAGAAGAGAUUCAUUCAUCAAUGGCCGUUUUAGCAUUUGAACGCCAUUAAACUCAUUGCCCUCUCCUUCAUCACCCAUCUCCCCUCUGUGAUCCUCUUCCACCUCCAUAUCUGAACAAAGUCUCAAGUUCGAAUCCCACGUUCGAAAAUGGGUUCCAUUGUGAUGGAACCAGGCGACAAUUCCAUUUUCAACAACUUUUCUUCAAUCUGUGUUCAUGUCGAUCGAAUCCAUUCCAACAGCGUCUUCAUCGGAGAAAACCCUUUGGAAUUCUCAGUUCCUCUUCUUCUUUUACAGCUAGGAAUCUGUUCUGGAACGAUCAUCUUCUUGUUUCAGCUUCUCAAACGCCUUGCUCAACCGCUCAUCGUAUCACAAAUUUUGAGUGGCUUAGUUUUAGGUUAUUUUGGCGCGGGAUUCUUGGAGAAAUUCAGAGAAACAAUUUUCCCUAUCAGGGGACUCAUAUUUCUGGAUGCGAUUUCUGCGCUUGGACAGGUUUUUUACUUCUUUCUUAUUGGUGUUCAAACGGAUAUGUCGAUUAUCAAGAACAUUGACAAAAGAGCCUUUGGAAUUGGGGUUUGUUCUGUGAUUUUGCCUACGAUUCUCUCCAAUUUGUACACUGUAACCCUUGUGAACACUGUUGAUUUAGACACAAUCAAAACCCUUUUUGUGGUUGGUAAUGCAGAGUGUUUUAUCCACUUUGCCAUGGUUGCUUCUCUUCUUAAUGAGCUUCAUUUGAUAAACUCAAAGUUUGGGAAAAUUGCUUUGGCAUCUUCAAUGAGUUCCAAUUGUUUCGGCUUGUUCUUUCAAAAGAUAGGCAUGUUGUUGGCUAAUGAACGUAAGGUCAGGCUUCAUGCCUUGUCCACAGUUUAUGGUUUCAUAGUUCUAGCUGUUAUCAUUUUGAGUUUUCAGCCUGUGAUUUUGUGGAUGACAAAGAACAGUCCAGUGGGGCAGCCAUUGAAGGAGAGCUUUGUUAUUACACUGUUUUUAGGAGUAUUGGUUGUGGCCUUCUGUAGCCAGGCUUCUGGUAUGCAUAUCUAUUUUGGUCCUAUUUUGCUUGGGAUUACAAUACCUCCAGGGCCUCCCAUUGGAUCAGCAAUGGUGGAGAAGCUUGAUAUCAUCGCCUCAUGGGUUUUGAUGCCUAUCUUCUUUGCCAAAAUAGGAUUGAUUUUCAGUAUCCAUACCAUCAAGCUCUUGAAUUUCUUAUGCAUAUCAUUCAUUAUCAUUGUGGCUGCAUUUGGGAAGUUUUUGGGUGCUUUAAUGAUGUCGAUAUACUACAAAUUACCUACGAGAGACGGUGUAGCGCUCGGCCUUAUCUUGAAUAGUCAAGGAGCUCUCGAGAUCGGAAUCUUUAAGUUAAUGACGAAGGACAAGGUGUUGGAUGAAGAAACAUUUGUAGUUAUGUGCCUAUGCGUUAUGCUUGUGGCUGCAGUUAUCACUCCUAUUCUAAGAUAUCUCUUUGAUCCUUCGAGAAGAUUUGUAGUUGAGAAGAAAAGAACAGUAAUGCACUUGAGACCCGAGUUUGAUCUUAGUGUAUUAGUUUGCAUUCACGACCAAGACGAUGUUCCGAGUGCUAUUAACAUACUCGAGGCCUUGAAGCCAAUGCAUCGAAACCAUCUUAUUGUGUAUAUGCUUCAUCUUGUCGUGCUUCUUGGUCGUGCUAACCCACAACUUAUUCACCAUAGGAUCACAAAGUUGAGGACUUCUUCAAGGUCUUAUGCCUCUGAGAGUAUUGUUAAUGCCUUCAAUUACUUUGGACAGAGCAACAGUGAUGUUGUUACAAUUCAUCCCUUCACUGCAGUAUCACCUUCAACAACUAUGUACGAAGACGUUUGUUCGCUCGCGCUCGACAAAAGAACUUCCUUGAUUCUUAUUCCUUUCCACAAGAGAUUUCAUUCCAAUGGCAUGAUGUCGUUGUCUAAAUACAAAAUGAAAAUGCUUAACCAACAUAUCCUUGACAAGGCACCCUGUUCGGUCGCUCUCAUUGUUGAACGUGGAAUCGUAAAGAUCUCGAGGUCUAUUUCUACCAAUCUUUAUUCUUUUCAAAUAGCUAUCGUCUUCAUAGGCGGGCCAGACGACCGUGAGGCAAUCUUCAUUGGGACAAGAAUGAUUGGACACCCAUAUGUAAACGUGACAUUGAUUCGCUUGUUGGAGGACACAAAUUCUCCAAGCGAUGGCGGUAAGGAGAUGAAGCUCAACAAUGAGGCAGUGAGCAAGUAUCACAGACUCAUGGAGAACAACCAUAGAGUGCGGUAUCUAGAAGAGGUGGCAAAGGAUUGCACUGGUACAGUCGCCAUACUCCGUUCACUGGAGAAUAAUUUCGAUCUCAUAAUGGUUGGAAGACGACAUAGCCCACGCUCCCCGCUCGUUCAAGGCUUGUUGCUUUGGAACGAGCAGACAGAGCUUGGGUCACUUGGAGAGGUAUUGGCUUCUUCAGAUUUUAUAGGCAAUGCCACCAUCGUUGUUGUGCAACAACACAGAAAAGUGGUUAAUGAAGACCCAGAAACAUCAAAAAGAUAACACUUGGAUGCUUAAAGAGUUGCCCAUUCAAGGUCAGCUCAUAAGAGUUUUGAUUCCCUUCUCUCUUUGUAAAUUUU